GGCUGUCCUUACGUAGUGCCUGCCUUAUACUAAAAUACUCUUUCUAUGGAUGCAACGGUUUUGUUAUUAUUGUAAAUAUUUGGGAAUAUUUACCUAUUGUAGAAACAUAUUCGUGAAUACUAAUUGCAUUUAAAGCAUGGUUGUCACCAACGAGAUGGAAGGAGAUUCGUCUGCUGCGAAUAACGGCAACGGUGAAGCUUCUGCAUCAGCGAACGAUGCUGACGUCAAGCCCAGUGCUCAGUCCUUAUCUGAUUUUCUGCUGCAACUUGAAGAUUAUACGCCUUCAAUCCCGGAUGGUGUGAUCUCCUACUAUCUGCAGUCUUCUGGCUUGGAUACAUCCGACCCAAGAAUCAUCCGCCUCAUCUCGCUGGCCGCCCAGAAGUUCCUGUCGGACGUGGCCAACGACGCGCUGCAGCACUGCAAGACGCGCGGCGUCUCCCAGAACGCCAAGACCAAGGGCAAGGACCGCCGCUACGUGCUGACCAUGGAGGACCUGACGCCAGCGCUGGCAGAGUACGGCAUCACUGUCAAGAAGCCACAUUACUACACUUAGGAGCCACGCACGCAGCCAGACUUUUUAAAUACCAUGUUAUGAAAAAAAAAUACUUCAUGUAGUGGAGAUCUCAAGUUUAGUUUUGGUACUGUAUUUACCUGAAUUGACAUCCAGCAUUGUACUGUGCACACAUUGUGACAAAAAAAUAUAAAUUGUGGUAAAUUA